AUGGGCUUCAAGCCCACCCAACAGCAACAACAGCAACAGCAGCAGCAGCAGCAGCAGCAGCAGCAACACACACAUCAAAACCAACCGCAACACCAGCUCCUCGACAAUGGCAAGCAGGAGGCGUUUGAGUCGCCAGACCCCAUUGAUAUUCUCGACAAUGACAUGCAGGACCCUAAUCUGUGGUAUGUGGACAACACCUCUACAGGCAUGAAUAUGGACAAUGCUCCUUACAUGAUGGACGUGAAUCAAAUCGGCAUGGACCAGGGAACCUCGUUCUUGGAUUUUGCCAGCGAGUCUCAAUCGCAACAGAUCAUGCUUGAAGAUGGAGGUCAGGGCCAAGCAGGUACUCAACAGCAACAGCAACAGCAUCAGCCCCAGCAACCCCAGCUACCUACUCGUGUUCAUGGUGGCGUCCAAGAACAGGGUGUCGACUUCAUGUUCCAGCAGCAGCAACAACAACCACAGCAGCCGCAGCAACCACAGCAGCAGCUUCAACAACAAUCUCAGCCCGCACAACAGCGUCACACUGCUCACCAGGUCAUCCAUCACGAUCAACAGCAGCCUCCCCAGCAGCCUCAACAGCAACAGCCACAUAAUCACAACCACAAUGCGGCCAUCAUGACACCGAAUAUGAACCAAUUCGAAGUGAAUCAAAUCCAGAUGCAGCGGCGGCUGGAUCAACACCUACAAUCACAGCAUGCGCAAAUACAGCAGCACCAGCGACAACAGUCACAACAAUCACAACAACAACAGCAGCAGCAGCAGCAACAACAACAACAGCAGCAGCAGCAGCAGCAGCAGCAGCAGCAAGCGACUCAGCAACCUCAACCGCAAAAACCUCACUUCCAGCGGUCCAACUCGAGAUCGAGAAUCCAGACAUUGAGACCACAGGCCCAACAGCCGUUCGAGUACCCUCCCCACACCCACUCGCCUCUUCCCGAUUCAGAGUAUCAGUCGCGAAACGGAACCCCUCUCCAUCCUGGAACCCCAGGACCGGGCGCUAUUCCUGCCCCGCCAUACAUACUCUCUAAUCGAGACUCGCGAAGACUCACAUACAAGCCCAAAAGUUCGAUUCCAAAGGACAUUUCUUCAUCUCGAUACGCAAGUCAGUGUUUGAGCGCAGCCAUUUCGUCUCGACUCAAUCCCCUGGCUCUGUGCCCUGACGAGUUUGAUCUUCUGCGAAACCAUCUCAGUCCUCUUCACGUGACCACCUACCUGAACAUCCGUAACGGUAUUCUGCGACUGUGGUUGUGUAACCCACUGGUAGGUGUGUCGCUUAUCGAGGCUGCUGGAGUGGCAAGAGAGGAGCGAUACUUCUACCUCGCUGAAGUGGCCUACGAGUUUUUGGUUCGGCAAGGCUACAUCAACUUUGGUUGCAUCGAGGUCGCCAAAGAGGAGCCUCCAACUUCCCCUGGACAGGAGUUCCGAGACCGAAAGCCACGACUUACAGUUGUGGUUAUUGGAGCUGGAAUUGCUGGUCUAGGAUGUGCUCGUCAGCUCGAAAACCUGUUCAAUCUCUAUGCUGACCGGUUCGAGGAGUACGAAGAUGUACCACGAGUAGUUGUGCUUGAAGGCCGAAAGCGAAUUGGAGGACGAAUCUACACACAACCGCUCAAGAGUGACCCCAAUUACCGGGCAGAUCUCGGAGGUUCAGUCAUUAUGGGCUUUGGAAGAGGUAACCCUCUUGCCAUCUUAGCUCGUCGACAGCUGGGUUUGCCUUUGGUUGGAAUCGAUACAUCUACCAAUAUUAUCGAUGAGACCAGUGGCGGUCCUGUUUCCGAUGAUGGCGAUACUCGUGUGGAAAAAUUACUAGAAUACCUGCUUGCCAAACUAUCAGUAUUCAAGUCUCAAUCUACUCCUCCCAAGACCAUUGAAGGAGAUGAGGCGCUGAUGACUGCUGGCAAAGACCCUCACAAGGAGGACUUCCACGACACUUACGAGAUCAUUGCCAAGAUGGAGGAGUCAUAUUCGCCCAACGAACAGCCCAACGAACAGCAAGAGCCCACAUUCCUGCCUGACGACAUAACUUAUCUUGAGUCACUAGGCUUUAAGAGAAAGCCCGUGACCAUUCGGUCCAAGGACAAGACCAUUCCAGUCACAUCUGAGCCUCCUGGUGAGGUACAUCCUUCUCUGGGACGAACCAUCGACAAACUGCUAGUGCGGAUUCAGCGAUUCAUCACCCUAACCGAAGAAGACACUCGGCUAUUACAUUGGCAUCUUGCCAACCUCGAGUUUGCCAACGGAACCAGCUUGGAUCAGCUUUCUCUGUCGUCGUGGAAUCAGGAUGAGGGUCACGAGUUCACGGGCCGCCAUUCCCGUAUCCCCAACGGCUUCAUGUCCACUGUUCGAGGUCUCUAUACCUACCCUGAUAAGCUGGAUGUGCGGUUUAACUCGACCGCCAAGGUAGUCGAGUAUGAGGAUGAGGAGCAGACGUCCAUCUUUCUGGAGAAUGGAGAGCGAAUCCAUGCGGACAAGAUUUGCGUCACUGUGCCCCUAGGGGUUCUCAAGGCUAGAGCCAUUCAGUUCAUUCCCGAUCUUCCUCAGUGGAAAACCGACUCUAUUGAGCGUCUAGCUUUUGGAGUGGUAAACAAGAUCUGUCUGGUUUUUGAUGAGUGUUUCUGGGACGACUCCAAGGACGUUUUGUGUGUCGUCAAGGACGCAGCCAACGGUUCUGCAGACGACGCUGGCUUCAAGCAGGCCCGUGGAUUCUGUAACAUGUUUUGGAAUAACUCUGCAGUUGUCGGAAAGCCUUGUCUGAUUGGAACGGUGUCUGGUGAAGCAGCCAAAAUUAUGGCUGACAAGUCUGACGAGGAGAUUGUCGACGCUGCUCUAAAGUCUCUACAGGUCAUCACAGGCAAGGAUGCAACGCCUUCGCCAGUGGAGAGUAUCGUUACUAGAUGGCAGAUUGAUCCGUUUUCCCGUGGUGCUUACUCUUGCAUUGGUUUGGAGGCCACUGGUGCAGAUUUCGAUCUCCUGGCUCGACCUGUCCAUCAUGACAUUUUCUUUGCUGGUGAAGCUACUUGCCGUACUCAUCCGUCCACUGUUCAUGGAGCGUACCUGUCUUCUUUGAGGGCAGCGUCUGAGAUUCUGGACUCGCUGAUUGGCGAGAUUGAGAUGCCUCAUCCCCUCGUGCCUCAUAAAAUGGCUGGUUUCCGUCGGUCGUUCAUGCAGCAUCACCAGACCCCCGGCCAGCAGCAGCAGCCGCAGCAGAUGGCGAUGGGUGGUCCUCACAGAAUGUCCAUUUACGGCCAACCUGCGUAUGGCUCUCAGCCUAUGCUUGUUGAGGAGGAGUCCAUGGCUCCACAUGCACCUGCUGUUCAUCUGCCUCAGCCCGUGAUGGCCAAGAAGAAACGUCCAGCGGAGCCUUCGCCACCCGUGGACGUCAAGAAGAAGGCUGUGGAGCAAGACACUAACCAGACGCGGCUCAAGGAGCUACGUGACGAGCGUGUGUCCAAAUCCAAUGAGAUUAUGAGAGACGAGAUGGUUGCUGAGAUUGGCGAGCGGCCCAUUAAGCCCGAGAGAGCUGGUGCGAACCCCUUCCUCAUUUUCCAGAAGGACUUUUGGGACAAGUGUCGAGCCAUCUGCGAUAAGAAGAAACAAGAAUCUUCUGGUGAGCCUACUAUGCGAGCUGCUCGUAACGAGGUUCGUUCUGCUCUGGGUAAAAUGUGGCGAGAUCUGCCCGACUCGGAGAAGCAGCCAUACAUUGACCAGACGAACGAAAUCAAGGCUCUCAACGCUAAGAAGACGGAGGAAUACAGAAUCCAGGCCAAGCGGUACGAAGAGGAGGCUGAACAGUUCAAGAGACGGUGGAAGGAGGAGCACGUCAGUGAACCGUCUCAGGAGGAGGUUGCAUUGAUGAAGUUGAUAAAGGAGAGAAAGUAA